CUGGAAUGCCUGGGUCUUUGACCAAGGCAGCGCCCGCUCUUAGCUCUUUUUUUUAUUUUAUUUUAUUUUUAUUUUAUUCUAUUUUUUUCCCCACUAGGCGCUCCCAUUGUUGGUGUACUUUUGUUUCUCUUUUUCUGAUUUUCUUUUUGGUGCUGACCUCAUACCAUCUGCCGGAGUUUGAUUAUGGAGAUGGCAGAUGUUUUGGGAAGCGGGAAGGAACCUGCGAGAAUCUCAGUCCGCAGCAGACCGCUAGACUAAACUACUUUGUACAUACGACUAGUCCAAGACUUCCGGCUGGAAACAUAUUUCCCUUGCAGUGUGUGGCGUCUGGCAAAUAAAGAUAGGAAAAAAAGAGAGUACAUAGUCAUGUCAUCGGUCGGAAGAUUGGAAUAAUUACUUUGUCUGUAUCUUCUGGAGAAGUCUUGGUGGAUAAACGUCUUAGUUACCUAUCUAUGGAUACCCUAGUCGGCAAAGAAUCGUGCAGAACUUUCAUAAUAGAAGAGCUUAUGAAAUAAGCAAUCUCUUC